UGUGCUGUUCGGUUUUGGUAUACCUUGCACGAUGGUUUGCGAACAAGCGCGGCUGGAAAUGAGUUCAAGACGAGGAUGUGUCUAGCUCAGCGUAGUCGAAACGGUCUAUGCCAGGUUAACACUGCGACAGUCGCCUCUUUCUCCGUAACGAGGCUUAAUUCUCUCGCUUUGCACAAUGCUCUGUACCUGUCUCCGUGGCUUGUCGUGCAAUCUGAGGCGGUACUUUCAGUAUUGCCGGCAUCGCACCGCCGACCGCUGUGCCGCCGUAUGCCGAUCUCUUACGUCGAACUUUGGCUGGUGGUGCACUUGGAGACGCCGUAUGUCAUGGUGACACACAUGUGACUGGCCACCCUUUUCCCUGUCUGACCCUCCGGCAACGUUGUGGCGGUGACCUGUUG